AUUAUCUAGCGUCAUCGAAAGCGUCACGUACCAAUAAGAGAUAUCGACAUAACUACAAUUAAUAAUAAUAAUAAUGGAAGCAAGCGCAAUAUUUACUGGGAAUGUGGAUAAAACUCAGAUACCACCACUAAAUCAAAAGCGUAUACUCGCUUUUGUUAAUCACUUCCUACUAAAUACAUGCAAUUUUCUCAAUGAAUUCGCCUUGAAUUGCGAGACCAAAUUUGUGCGAAUGGAGCGACAACUUCAAAGAACUGAAGCUGCUUUAAUAAUUCUAGAAACGAAGCUUGCAUCUAUACCGGUGGAUAAGGAAGUAGAUAAUUCCACCACAACGUCUGAAGUAAACACUGAGGCAACAGACGAAACCGAUAAGUCAGAAGUAGAAGCACCCGCAGAAAUAAAAGGCGUUCGGGUGUGUGAAGAUAUUCGUUACAAGAAAUUCUUCAAAAUGCUGCAAGUAGGUGUACCAGCGCCCGCGGUUAAAAUAAAAAUGAGCACGGAAGGACUGGAUUCUGAAAUGCUAGAUAAGCCCGACUUUAUGCUCGAGGAUGGCAUUCUGGAAUAACAAGCGGAAUAUUGUCCUGAACAGCAUAUAUUGUGAUAUAGCAUGAGCAUGAAAUGCUACACUUUUAAAUGAUACAAUUGGUAAAAUGUA